AUGACGUCAUAUGUUGUGUCGUUUCCAAUACGGGAUACUGUUGUUAGAAGUGACAACAAUAUCCCGUGGGUGCUAGCUAUGCAUUCUAAUGUUGUUUCGAUUUUUUCAUGUUUUCGUCGUGCAGCCGCAACGUGUCGGAGUAUAUCGUGUAAUACAGGCAAUGAUUUGUCAUUAUGGGCAAAGGAACGGGUGCUAGCGCCAUACAUCUCGUCAGAAAGGAGAAACAGAAUUGAGCGAGUUUUAGAAAAUAGAACUAGAAAUGUCGUCGUUGUGUUGGAACAUCUGCACAGUAAGGGAAACGAAAACGCCGUCUAUCGUAGUAUGGACGCUCUAGGAUUCCAAGAAGCUCAUUCAAUCACAGCAGACGAGGAGAGUGAAGCAGGACAGGCAAGUGGAGAUCCUCGAACUGAUGCCGGAGCUAGAAAAUGGCUGCAAAUUAGAAAGUGGCAUACAACACGUGACUGCUUGCUUCAUCUGAAAUCGAGGGGAUAUCAAAUAAUUGCUACAGCAAUGAACAACAGGGACAACAGCUCACUGCCAGUGCAGGACGUCGAUUUUGAUAAUAAAAUUGCGUUUGUGUUUGGUGCUGAAAAGGAUGGAGUUUCCGACUUGGCUGUGGAGAUGGCUGAUGUGUGCUGCUUUAUCCCGAUGAUUGGAUUUACUCAAAGUUUUAAUGUCUCGGUUGCUGCUGCAUUAAUAUUAUAUGAAACUCGAAUGCGACGAAUUAGAAUGUUUGGUCGAAAUGGGGAUUUAACAGAUGAGGAGAAGAGAAGUCUUCUCGUUGAGUUUUAUGUCAGAGCUUUGACAAGCUCCAAGGCUAGAAGAGUUCUUCAGAAGUACAAAUAUGAUGCGACCGACUCCAGUAUGACUGAGAACAUAUAAUUUAUUGAAUUUUGUCAAAUUAAAUGAAUUUCGACAAGAUGUUUCCAAUAGUAUAUGCGCUAGAACUGUACAGUACAAUGUACAUCAGAUUGUCUUUUUAGUGUGUUAUCAUAGACAUAAAUUUAGUUCCUUAAAUAAAUAAAUAAAUAUCCUUACUGAUAUAGUAUUCAAUUA